CUUUGAUUUGAUUCGGGUCGCCAUUCCAAACUGUAAGCAACGGGGAAGGAAGAAUGUAAAACCACAAUGUCAUCCCAUCCCAAGUCCGGAGGUUGUAGUUCAACUCCUCGCAAAAGUUAUGAACGGGACAAAAAUCGAACCAAAUCAAAGAGCAUGGACUACGAUUCCACGGGAGAAUCUACAUACUCCUUACUCUCUCCCAUCUACCAUGACAGCUUUGAGAGUGACCCAGAAGACCUGGAGGAGCCCGUAGCUUCAAGUGGCUCCAAGGAGAGCAACAAUGACGGCUCACGUGGGAAACAACUAACAACCAAGACAGAGGAUACGGCAGAGCACCCCCCACCCUCUGGACCAGCCCUAACUGCUUGGGAGAAGUGGCUCAUUUGUAAAGCCAGGCAGGACCGACUGAGGGUAGAAAGGAAAACUAUAGAAGACACUGUCCUGAAAGAGUCACAGGCACUGCAGCAGAGGGAACAAGAGAGGAAGAGGAUGGCAGCGGAGGAGAAGAUCUAUGAUUGGCUGCAAAUGAAACAGGAACAGGAAAGGAUGGAAAAACAUCUGAAAAAAAUCAAAGAGUUAGAAGAACAUUACGCCCAAGAUCAGAAAAAGAGAGAAUCUGAAGAAAAGGCACAAAAAAAGUACAAGGAAUGGCUUCAGAAGAAAAAGCGAGAAGAAACUGAGAAAAAGCAGAAAGAAAAGGAGGAAGCAACCAGGACAGAGGCAGAAGCGAGAGAGAGAAAACAGAAAUCUGAGGAGAAGUUCAAGGAAUGGUUGAUAAGUAUAAAGAACAGACCACGGCCAGCCUCAGCGAAACACACAGAUGGGAAGUUCACAGGUUACCAUGACAACCCCACCCCUAGCUACUGUAACCCCAUCCCAUGGAAGCCAAUCCACAAUCCUCCCCCUGAGAAUGUUCAAAAGAAGAUGGCCUCCAAGAAGAGCAAAAAGCCCUCCGGACAUAUCUUGUACCAACAGACUCCAUCUCUCUCCUAUAGACCCAAAGACACCCUCACAGUCAUCUCCACAAGCCGAUACAGCAGAACUUGCAGGUCUCACUCAGCUCUCUGAUGUCAAUGAAAAUGUUUUCCUUGCGGCACUCAAACAUUUACUUUGAAAAACUCAUCAGGUAAUUGGAGGAGGAUCCAGAUCUCCGACAGUAUUGUGGUACUUUACACAUCUGGACAUUCAUUUUCAUUUUGUAUCAAAGUUGACAUGAACAACAAUGCAGUAAACCACACGCAGUGGCUUUAAAAGGUAAUUCACUUGUUACAUUCCAGUUAGUUUACAGUGUUUUUGUUUUUAAGGAUAAAAAAAAUUUGCUAAUUCAUUUUUGAAUCUGUCACUCACAUUCAUAUGUGAAGCUUUCAAUACAUAGGAUAUUUUAAGAACUGAAAAAAUUUUACAAGUUGGAUGUAGAUUUUGUACUGAUUUCUUGAUCAAAUAACCAAAUAAAGAUUUUUUUCUUCAAA